AUAAUGAAAUAUGAAAUCUGCCAUCCAAGGGACGAAAACUACUUAUUUUAAAGAAUAAAUCUGCUCCUCAACCCUGCAGGUUAGGGUUUUGUUUUUGUUUUUUUUCACGUCUGUCGCUAGAGGGUGAACGCGAGUUUAUCCAACCAUAACCGAACCGUAGAAGAAGAGGGUAACCGCUACCCAAGCCACAGAGCUGAGCGGUAAAGCUGUUGUCAAACUGGCGGCUUUUUAAGUCAUAAAAAAAGAAAAAAAAAACAGGCUGCUCUUGACCAAUAAGCCAACUGUCAACAAAGAGACCGCAGUUGCACACUGCCGGCAGUGGUGCUCAGAGUGUCGUACCUCAACUGAACUGGGCAGACGUUGGCCAGGCUGACAUGACGGGGAUAGCCUCUCCAGAGAAGGCGUCCAGCUCCAAGAAGAAGGGCGAGAGGAAGUGUGCCACCAAAGAGGAGUACAGACAGCUGUCCAGCAUCAUGGGAGUCAUGAACAAUCUGAGGAAACAGGGUACCCUUUGUGAUGUGACCCUGGUGGUUCAGGGGAAGCACUUUCCUGCGCACAGAGUAGUGCUGGCAGCUGCAAGCCACUUCUUCAGCCUCAUGUUCACUACCAGAAUGAUGGAGUCGAUGUCCCAUGAGGUGGAGCUCAGGAGUGCUGAGCCCGAGAUCAUUGAGCUGUUGAUUGAAUUUAUCUACACAGCUCGGAUCUCAGUGAACAGCAGUAAUGUCCAGUCGUUGCUGGAUGCAGCCAACCAGUACCAGAUUGAGCCUGUUAAGAAGAUGUGUGUGGAGUUCCUCAAAGGACAGAUUGAUGCAACAAACUGCCUGGGUAUUUCAGCCCUUGCAGACUGUAUGGACUGUCCGGAGCUGAAGGCAGCAGCAGAGGACUUCUUCCAGCUCCACUUCACUGAAGUCUACAAACUGGAUGAGUUCCUGCAGCUGGAUGUUACACAGCUCACGCAUCUCCUACACCAGGACAAACUCACUGUCCGUGCUGAGGCCCAGAUUUAUGACGCAGCAGUGCGCUGGCUGAAGUACGAUGUGUGUAACAGACAGCAGUACAUGGUGGAGGUGCUGGGGUGUGUUCGCUUCCCCUUGGUCUCCAAAACCUUCCUGUCUAAGACAGUGCAGGCUGAGCCCCUCAUCCAGGACAACCCACAGUGCCUCAAGAUGGUCAUCAGUGGGAUGCGCUACCACUUGCUGUCCCUGGAGGAUCGGGAGGACCUGGGGGAGAGUAGCCGACCGAGACGGAAGAAGCACGACUACCGUAUCGCUCUGUUUGGAGGCUCCCAGCCACAGUCCUGCCGUUACUUCAACCCCAAGGACUCCAGCUGGACAGACAUCCGCUGCCCCUUUGAGAAGCGCAGGGACGCCACAGCCAUCUUCUGGGACAACGUGGUCUACAUCCUGGGCGGCUCGCAACUGUUCCCCAUCAAGCGCAUGGACUGCUACAAUGUCCUGAAGGAUAGCUGGUACUCCAAGCUGGGGCCACCCACACCACGCGACAGUCUGGCUGCCUGCGCCGCCCAGGGCAAGAUCUAUACAUCCGGAGGGUCAGAAGUGGGUAGCUCAGCCUUGGACCUUUUCGAAUGCUAUGACACAAGGACGGAGUCGUGGCAGGUGAAAACCAGCAUGCUGAUGGCGCGCUGCAGCCACGGCUCAGUGGAGGCCAACGGGCUCAUCUACGUCUGCGGAGGAACAGUGGGCAACAAUGUGUCUGGCAGGGUCCUCAACAACUGUGAGGUGUAUGACCCCAACACACAACAAUGGAGGGAGCUGUGUGGGAUGAGAGAGGCCAGGAAGAACCAUGGGCUGGUGGUAGUCAACAACAGGAUCUAUGCUGUUGGAGGGCAGGGGGCACUAGGUGGACUGGACUCGGUGGAGUACUACGACAUUGCCAGCAAUGAGUGGCGUGCUGCCUCGCCGAUGCCGUGGCGAGGUGUGACGGUGAAGUGCGCGGCAGUCGGCGAUGUCAUCUAUGUGCUGGCAGGGUUCCAAGGUGUUGGGCGGCUUGGGCAUGUCCUGGAGUACCACACUGACACUGACAGGUGGGUAACAUGCAGCAAGGUGCGAGCAUUCCCCGUCACCAGCUGUCUGAUCUGCGUGGUCGACACGUGUGGCGUCAACGAAGACGAAGACAUGGACCUCAUAGACUCUCAGUCACACGCUGCAUCCACUGCUGCUCCGUCUGCCUCAACCUCAUCAUCUUCAUAGGACGAGAGGAAGUUUUAGUGUAUAUUGAGUUGUGCCGAUGACUGUUUUGGCUGCCACUGCAUUAGGCCUCCAAUAGAAUGUGGAGCUGAUUUACAUGAGGCAAGACCUGGCGUUUCAGGAAGAGCCAGUCAUGCUUAGACAGCUCAUGCCAAUGUGAUGUUCAUGUGCGUACUUAGUUAUGUUCUUUAACAAUGUCCAGUAGCCAAAUGUCUCUUCAACUUUUAUCUGUACCUGAAAUGCAGGUCCUUAUGUUAAAGUUCCAGUGGGACACUAUCCACAAAUUCAUCUUUUAGCGGACAAGGAGACUUUUAAUGAGAGAGGCUUGUCAGGUUGGAUACCCGACUGGUUUAGAAAAAACUAAAAACCAGAAAGAGAGACUGACAAAUACGGUCAGAUAAUGAGGAUUUGAGUUCUUCUCCUUAUUUUAAAGACAUCCGUAAUUUUGUGUUUGUAGCUUGUGAAUUACGUACCAUUAC